AUGGAUAAUCUGUGGAGUAAAGCCCUCGUAGGAGAACGCGUUCAGGUAAGAUAUGCUGGGAAUAACCUCUUUGUUUUUUCAUUCUCUUCUGUAAAAGCUCGUGAUUGGAUCUUAGAAAAUGGACCCUGGCAUGUAUUGAACAAACAUCUAAUCUUAAGAAAAUGGGAGCCAAACCUUGAAAAACUUAGUUUUGAUCUCUCUAGUUUACCUAUAUGGGUUCACCUCUAUAAUAUCCCUUUAGAGUUAUACUCUCGUCUAGGUCUAAGCUAUGUUGCAAGUGCUAUUGGAACACCCCUCUCCAUGGACUUUGUUACUGCAGGAAAAUCUCACCUUGAGUAUGCAAAGCUUUGCGUGGAAAUAGGAGCUAAUGAUGUAAUUCCUAACUUUGUUGAAGUAGAACUUAAGGAUGGGAAUAAAGCUUCAAUUGUGGUAGAGGUCCCUUGGAUGCCAGUCCGGUGUAAAACAUGUAAAAUUUUUGGCCAUAGUGAUAAGGGCUACAUUAAGUCUAAAACUUCAGUUCAUGUCAAAUCUCAAGUUUGGAAGAAAAAAAAACACAUAACUAAAGAGACUGAUUCAGAACCUACUGUAGGUGGAAUAGAAUUAUUACAAGAAAAAGAUGCCUUACCUUCAAGUAAAGAAUCUGAUUCUAGCACAAUUAUUAAAUCCGACUCUAGUAAUAUUGUUGAUUCUAUUGUGGUUGACUAUAAUCAUGCGUUAACAGUCUAUUGUGAGAAGUAG